AUGUCGGUCCUAGCUUUGCCAGAUUUCACUCAGAUCUUCAUUGUGGAGAUAGAUGUGUCCGGAUACGGGCUGGGUGCAGUGUUUAUGCAGAAUCGUAGGCCCAUUGCCUAUUUCAGCCAGCGGAUGGUGAUGAAGGAACAUCAAAGGUGGCUGUCCAAGUUGCUAGGGUAUAAUUUUGAGAUUCAGUAUAGACCAGGGGUGGAGAACAAGGCGACAAAUACUUUGUCCAAAUGUAUGAGGGAGCUGCAGACAGUGGCACUAUUCGUUUCUUUGAUGCUUUACUGGGAGGCUAUCAGAGAAGAAAGUGCUAGAGAUGAAGAUUUGGGAAGGAUCAGGGCAUAUUUAUUGGAAGAGGAAGCUCAUUGGAGGGAGACAGACUACUGUAUCAUGGGAGAUUUGUGA